UACCGGAUUUUCAAAAGUGUUGUCUGAUAUAAAACGACAGUCUAAUCAUUUUCUUGUUUCAUUUUUAGGGAUGGUUGACCUAUCUUAAACUGAGUGCUCAGGACACAAAACGCAAAUGCCCAAAUGGCCGAUUUGGAACUCUUCUACUUUGAUCAUCAAAGUCAACCUGACUGGCAAGGGUUUAACCUGCAUCUUGACAAGUCAGAUAUAUGUGGCUUUGAGUGCUCCCUCGCAAAAUCGCAACUUGCUCUCCAAAGAAGUAAUUCCGAAGAAAAGGCAUUUUUUUGCGAGGAGCAGGAAAAUCCAGUACCCUGGACAGCGGCCACGCUGACUACCCAACUCUGCGAUUUGAACGAUCAGGAUAAAGCGCCUAUUGUGUGCAGAGAGAAAGACUUAGAGUCUUCCUUCGCUUGUGUCAAUGUUAAUGCUGAACUUGACCUCAGCAGUCCACGACUGCCGGAUAAAUGCAACUAUGACUGUUUGUGUGACACGUCUUCGAGCGAUCUCCAAGAGGUCUUGCCAGAUUUUUCGGACUUGCCCGAGGAAGACCUCGACUUUGAGGCUUCGGGGAAGUCAACGGAUUACGGUUUCAUAUGUGCGGUCACGUUCUUGGUCACGGGCAUCUCUCUGGUGGUCAUCUCGUACACGAUCCCCAGGGACGUUACCGUCAACCCCGACAGCGUGUCUGCCCGCGAGAUGGAGACGCUGGAGCGCGCGAACGCCCGCGUGGGUGCCCACCUGGACCGGUGUGUUAUCGCGGGACUAAGCCUGCUGACUCUCGGAGGAGUCAUCCUGUCGACUCUGCUCAUGGUCUCUAUGUGGAAAGGUGAAAUGGUCAGACGGAAGGCGUUUGCGUAUUCAAGGCAGUCUGCUAAACUUUAUGGCUCCAUAAAUUUCCGCGCAGGGGGGAGUCCAUCUGGACCCUCCCCGCGUUUAUCCCCUGACGAGGACGAGGCGGAAGUUGUGAACUAAGUAGGCUACCACAGACGGUCUGGAUCUUAUCCUGGUAUCGUGCCAAAAAGCGAGCUCUUCCUUCGCACAGCUUCAAACCACUGCAACCUUGAGUGUAAAAUGUUCACCAGCUGUCGUCUCCUGGGAUAUUGACAGACGCAGCCCUAAUAGCUUCCUUUGCUUGUUAUUUGCAUGAUAUGGACUAUAAUUCUCUCUCUCUCUCUCUCUCUCACACACUCACACACACACACACAC